UACCCCGCCGGCCGAUGACAUAGGGCAGAAGUCAUGUUUUCCCACCCCACCUCUGCACACCACAAAACUUCAGUACCUAGGUAGCUUACAGUGCACAAGAACCCACAAAAAUGUCUCUCUCCAACAAGCUCUCCAUCACCGAUGUCGACCUCAAGCGCAAGCGUGUGCUCAUCCGUGUCGACUUCAACGUGCCCCUCGACGCCGACAAGCACAUCACCAACAACCAGCGCAUCGUCGGCGCCCUACCCACCAUCAAAUACGCCAUUGAGAAUGGCGCCAAAGCCGUGGUUCUCAUGUCUCACCUCGGCCGCCCCAACGGCCAGCCCAACCCCAAGUACAGCCUUGAGCCGGUGGUUUCCGAGCUCGAGAAGCUGCUCGGUGGGAAGAAAGUCAUCUUCACGAAAGACUGCGUAGGCAAGGAGGUUGAGGAGACCGUCAACAAGGCGGAGAACGGACAGGUGAUCCUGCUCGAGAACCUGCGGUUCCACCCGGAGGAGGAGGGCAGCUACAAGGACGCAGAGGGGAAGAAGGUGAAGGCUGAUAAGGCCAAGGUGGACGAGUUCAGGAAGGGCUUGACGGUGCUCGGAGAUAUCUAUAUCAACGACGCUUUUGGUACCGCGCACCGCGCCCACAGCUCCAUGGUUGGCGUCAAUCUCCCCCAGAAAGCCUCCGGCUUCCUCGUCAAGAAGGAACUCGAGUACUUCGCCAAAGCGCUCGAGAACCCAGCCAGGCCCUUCCUCGCCAUCCUGGGCGGGGCCAAGGUCAGCGACAAGAUCCAGCUCAUCGACAACCUGCUCGGCAAAGUCAACAGCCUGAUCAUCUGCGGUGGAAUGGCUUUUACGUUCAAGAAGACGCUCGAGGGUGUCAGCAUUGGGAACUCGCUGUUCGAUGAGGAAGGAAGCAAAACGGUCAAGGAUCUGGUCGAGAAGGCGAAGAAGAAUAACGUCAAGAUUGUGCUGCCCGUCGAUUACAUCACCGCCGAUAGGUUCGCCAGUGACGCGAAGACUGGAUAUGCUACUGAUGCCGAUGGUAUCCCUGAUGGCUGGAUGGGUCUGGACUGCGGAGAGAAGAGCAUCAAGCUCUUCAAGGAGACGAUUGACGAGGCCAAGACGAUUCUAUGGAACGGCCCUCCCGGUGUGUUUGAGUUCGAUGCGUUUGCCAAGGGCACAAAGGCGACGUUGGAUAAUGCCGUUGCGGCAGCGCAGAGCGGGAAGAUUGUCAUCAUUGGCGGUGGUGACACGGCGACGGUCGCGGCGAAAUAUGGCGUCGAAGACAAGCUCAGCCAUGUCUCCACUGGUGGUGGUGCGUCGCUUGAGCUGCUGGAGGGUAAGGAUCUGCCUGGUGUAUCUGCUCUGUCGAGCAAAUAGAGGGUAAGCUGGAGAGAGGAUUGGAGGGAGUAUGAUGAUUUCCCUCCUGACGAGGUAGGACAAUUACUAUAUUUACAUCAAUCACAUCGAUCACUCCCUCCCUGUAAUUUGGCGUGCCGCUUGGAUAUAUAUACCCAAUCCGACUCGCCGGUGUGCUGUUGUCGUAGUUGUUGGUAGUCUAUUCA